AUGGAUUUAUCUGAGUCUAGAAAGCUAUUCAAAGAGCUGAGAAGAAAAUGCAAGGAUAUAGAAAUUAAUGAUAGAAAACUUAUCGAAACACACCAAAAACCCCUGGUUUAUAGUGCCAAGGAUUUAGAAGAGGGUGAUGAGGAUACUGAGACAGGUCAACUAAAUAAUGUUGGUGCAGAUGUAUUUAAUACACCGCUAUAUGAGUUUGAGAAUCUUAAAAAAGAAAAAGUUGAUAAAUCCGAUGAUACUUUAGCCAAGAAGACAUAUGAGAAAGAAAUUAAGGAUAUUAAGAAAUUCAAAAGUCGUGAGAGUGAAAAAGCAGAUAAAUUGGAAGAACUUGUCAAUCAUUUGAAUUCGGAUGCUAAGAACAGAUAUAAAGUUCAAAAAAAGAAAAUGGCACGUCAAGAACAACUUGCUGGUGGAUUCAUCAAUGAUAGAAAUAAACAAUUUAGUUCGAAAUUAAAUAAGGAGCGCCAAAAUGAAGGAACUUAA